AUGGCUUCCAACGAUAAGGGUCUCGAAGAGAUCCCUGAAGGACAAAUCGAAUCCAACUAUGAUGAAAUCACUGACUCCUUCGAUGCGAUGAACCUCCGCGCUGAGCUUCUCCGCGGUGUCUAUGCCUACGGUUUCGAGCGCCCCUCUGCCAUCCAGCAGCGCGCUAUCAUGCCCGUCAUCAAGGGCUCCGAUGUCAUCGCCCAAGCUCAGUCCGGAACCGGCAAGACUGCUACCUUCUCCAUCUCCGCGCUGCAGAAGGUUGACACCAACCUCAAGGCCUGCCAGGCACUGAUCCUUGCCCCCACCCGUGAGCUGGCCCAGCAGAUCCAGAAAGUCGUUGUUGCCAUUGGUGACUUCAUGAGCAUCGAGUGCCACGCUUGUAUCGGUGGUAUCUCCGUGCGUGAUGAUAUGAAGGCCCUCCAGGAGGGUCCCCAGGUUGUCGUGGGAACGCCCGGCCGUGUUCAUGAUAUGAUUCAGCGCCGUGUGUUGAAGACCGAUCACAUGAAAAUGUUCGUUUUGGAUGAGGCUGAUGAGAUGCUUUCUCAUGGUUUCACCGAGCAAAUUUACGACAUCUUCCAAUUCCUCCCCCAAUCCACUCAAGUCGUCCUCCUCUCUGCCACAAUGCCCCAGGACGUCCUCGAAGUCACCACCAAAUUCAUGCGCGAUCCUGUCCGCAUCCUUGUCAAGAAAGCUGAAUUGACCCUCGAAGGUAUCAAGCAGUUCUACAUCGCCGUCGAAAAGGAGGAAUGGAAGCUCGACACUCUCUCCGACCUUUACGAAACUGUCACCAUUACCCAGGCAGUCAUCUUCUGCAACACCCGGAGAAAGGUCGACUGGCUCACUGACAAAUUGACCGCGAGAGACUUCACUGUCUCCGCUAUGCACGGUGAUAUGGAGCAGAGCCAGCGUGACGUUAUCAUGAAGGAGUUCCGCUCUGGCUCAUCGCGUGUACUCAUCGCUACUGACUUGCUUGCCCGUGGUAUUGAUGUCCAGCAGGUUUCGUUGGUUAUCAACUAUGACUUGCCCGCUAACCGCGAGAAUUACAUCCAUCGCAUUGGUCGUGGUGGUCGAUUUGGCCGGAAAGGUGUUGCUAUUAACUUCGUUACCGCUGAUGAUGUACGGAUGAUGAGGGAGAUUGAGCAAUUUUACAGCACCCAGAUUGAGGAGAUGCCCAUGAACGUUGCUGGUAUGUGUUAA